AUGUCGCAAGAAUACGCCAAAAAUCAGCCUAAGGGCUUUAGUAACCACAUUGAAAGGGUUGCCAUCGUUGGGGCUGGAGGCAGGCUUGGAGGAUUUAUCAUAAAGGAGCUGUGUAAAACAGGAAAGCAUACUGUUACUGCGAUAACACGUGCUACAAGCACCACUAAAUUACCUGACAGUGUCCAAGCCGCCCUAGUUGACUAUGACGAUGAGGAUUCACUGGUUAAGGCUCUCCACGGACAGCAAUUCCUCAUUAUUACUCUCGCCUUCGAUGCACCUGGCGAUACCCAACCCAAGUUGAUCCGGGCGGCUGCUAAAGCAGGUGUGCCGUAUGUCAUGCCUAACUGGUUCGCCUUUGAUUUCGCCAACGAACAGUUGAUGAAAGAUACUCCUGUGCCGCCAGAAGUUGAGGGUGUGAGUUCUCUGAUUGAAAGUCUCGGUGUCAGUUCAUGGGUAGUUCUCACCACCGGGCUGUGGUAUGAAUACGUCCUCUAUUCCGACAAUUAUGGCAUAGACAUUCGAAAUCGCAGCGUCUUAUGGAUCGAUGACGCCCGUGUCCGCUAUAGUAGUUCUACUUGGCCUCAGAUGGCUAAGGCAAUUACUGCCUUAGUCUCACUUAAAGAAUUUCCAGACGACGAGAACGACAAGCUACCCACGUUGUCGCAGCUACGAAACAAUGUGGUGUAUAUUGCUAGUUUCUCGCCAACCCAGAAAGAAGUUUUUAACAGUGUUAAGAAGGCGACAGGCACUAGCGAUAAAGAUUGGACUUUCACAAGCAAAACCUCUAAGGACCAUUAUGAGGAAGGUGCGGCGAAGACGCAGAAGGGAGAUCUGUCUGGCUUCGGGACGCAGAUAUUUGGGCGUCUUUCGUUUCCAACAGGGGAGGGUGAUUAUGAGAGUAGGCGGGGGCUUCAUAACAAGACUCUGGGGUUGUCAAUUGAAGACAUAGAUGCUUAUACGGGGAUUGUUGUGGAAGCGAUUAGUAGCAAUCAGGGCCUUUAUGCCGGGACUGUUGUGGCACCGGUUAGUAGCCAUAAGGCCCUUUCUGCCCAGGGUCGAGACAUUUAA